AUGCUAAAUCGUCGGCAAACUGCCUUUUUUCUUGUCGCUUUUUUUGCAUGGACAUUAGAUGCUUUCGAUUUCUUCUCUGUUACUCUUAAUAUCAUCGAAAUUGGUAAGACAUACAAAAAAACAGUAGCGGAUAUCACUUGGGGUAUUACUGUGACAUUAAUGCUUCGUUCAGUCGGUGCCAUUCUCUUUGGUAUUGCAGGUGAUCGCUUUGGACGUAAAUGGCCAUUUAUUAUUAAUAUUAUUUUCUAUGCAACACUCGAAAUUCUAACAGGCUUUUGUACAAAUUACGCUCAAUUCAUUAUUUGUCGAGCGUUUUUCGGUGUUGCUAUGGGUGGUAUAUAUGGUAAUUGUGCCACCACAGCUCUCGAAGAUGCACCACUCGCUACACGUGGUCUCUUAUCAGGUAUACUGCAACAGGGUUAUGCAUUUGGUUACAUACUGGCCGCUGCUUUCAAUCUGGCAAUUACAAGUAAUCAACGUUACGGUUGGCGAGCACUCUUUUGGCUGGCUGGUUUUCUUCCACUGCUUGUUGCUUUGUGGCGUGUAUUCUUACCUGAAACAGAAACAUUUCUUCGUGUCAAGGAGGCACGUAAAGCUGGCAAAGUCAAAGAUGCAGAUGGCCAUGAAGUGUCUGCAGUACAAGCAGUCAUCAAUUCAAUUCGUCCUACACUUGCUCACUAUUGGCUGACACUCAUCUAUCUCAUUCUAAUGAUGAGUGGAUUUAAUUUUUUAGCACAUGGUAGUCAAGAUCUGUAUCCAACCUUUCUUAGCAAUCAGCUACGAUUUUCACCAGGUCUUGUUACUCUCACAACAAUCGUUUCAAGUUGCGGAGCUCUCAUUGGUGGUUCUGUGAUUGGUUACUGUUCAAGUUUCUUCGGUCGACGAUUAUCUAUGAUUGUUGUUCUUAUUGCCGGUGCUGCUCUUAUUCCAGCAUAUCUUCUUCCGCGAGAUAAAAGUAUUGUUGCCGGUGCAUUUUUCCAACAGCUGUGCGUACAAGGAGCUUGGGGUGUGGUGCCUAUUCAUCUCAUGGAACUAUCGCCUGAGGAGUUUCGUUCAUUCGUUGUCGGUACUGCUUAUCAAUUAGGUAAUCUCAUCUCCUCGGCUUCAUCGACCAUCGAAGCCACACUUGGACAACGUUUUCCCUUGAAAUCAUCAGAUGAUACUUCUUCUGAACAUCGAUUUGAUUAUGGUAAAGUCAUGGCUAUUUUCUUAGCCUGUACUUAUGUAUAUUUACUCAUCAUUAUUUUACUUGGACCUGAAAAAAGACAUAUCGAAAAAGUUAAAAAACUCGAAGUUGAACUUACUGAUCAACAGGCAACGGAGGAUGGUGCUCUAUCAAAAUUACUAACAACGCCCAAAGAUACACAAACAGAGAGAAAAGCAUAA